GCCAUCUUGUUGGGAGGUGAAAUUUUUGGAUUUUCUGUUUCCGAAGUCUCUUAGUUAGUUAGCCUUAAAAUUUAAUUCUUAGCCGUUUUCCGUAGUUAUUUUAGUACGGUACACGCGACACGUUAAUCGCAGAGUGUGGUGACGUCAGAGGCAAUGUGUGGAAGCGCGUGCACAGGAUGUGUUUGAUACUUAUUUUGUUGGUAGAGAAGUGAGAGAGAGGCAGCAAGGGGGAGUGAACGCAGCGGAAUCUACGACAGCGGCCUUACACACACUGCACAGCCUGUUUCUGACCAGACGAGCUCUGUUUACCAGCACACGAAGAGACGUUCUUAAAUUAUACGCGGCCCGUGGAGGUUGUUUUGUCCGCCGUUGACGUGUCGAAAAUGCAACAGGAGAGAAGAGGAAGACGGAUGACGCACGAGCAUCGGGCAAAACUGUGAAAUUCGGGUCCGGUGCCGCAACAAAUCUGCUAUUUUGUGAAGUUCGGGCAUCUUAAAGGCUUUUCAGCAUGUCUAAGAUGCCUGCGAAGAAGAAGAGUUGCUUUCAGAUCACUAGUGUGACUCAGGCUCAAGUCGCUGCCAACAGCGCGACCGACGACACCGAGAGCUUGGACGACCCGGAUGAGUCCCGGACAGAGGACGUGUCCUCCGAGAUAUUUGACGUGUCCAGGACUGACUAUGAGCCCGAGGUUUGUGACAUCAGCUCCUCCGAGGAGACCUUGAAUAAUGUAAGUGAAUCGGAGGGGCAGUUGUCCGCUGUCGCCCCUCUGAACGGCGGGGUUGGGGCGCGUAACGCGCUUCCUGUGGGUUACCAGAGCGCAGGCAACGUUCAGGCCUCUGGUGCGCAACAGGCUGGCACAUUGUCCACGUCUCAGCCAGCACAAGUCACAAAUGUGUCAAGUGCGACUACUAUAGCCAGCUGCAGUUCCCGCUUCAGGGUCAUUAAACUUGACCAUGGCACUGGAGAGCCCUUUCGGAGGGGAAGAUGGACCUGUACUGAGUAUUAUGAGAAGGAUCAAGAGGGCUCUGUGAUGAGCCGGGCAGUGGAUAGUAUAAGGCAUACGAAUGUGACAGAGCCCGGGACGGAUAGGGACAGUGGGCUCGGGGCCACAGUUGGCUCCGUAAUGGCACAGGUGGGGGUUUCUGACACGAGUUAUGACAGUUCUUCUUUCUCCGGCUCACCACAUCCUCUAGAGCAGUCACACAGUUUCAGCGUGGCCCCACAGCAGGUUGCAUCAGGAUCUGGGUCCCUAGAGUCCUUUAGUAAUAAGCCAGUGCCUGUGAUUGUUCCACAGCAUGUGCUGGGCAGCAGUGUCCAUCCUACUGCCCAUGAUGGAGUACAUCAGGGCACUCACAUUCAGAAAUCUCCCAGCAUGCCUCCUGCAGUACAGCCGCUGCUUUUUCAAACCCAGCCUAUUACACAUCAUCUGCAUACCCAACCAGCUCUGACCGACUACGGUCAACAGCACAUGCCGAUUACGGUAACCCAGACCCACCCAGGGGCCAGCCUGUCCAUCGGACUCGGCGUCAAUCAGGGUCCAUCACCCGUUCUGACCCCAGCCGCUGGAGGAAUGCAGGUUCUGGGUGUUGAAAUGUCCAGUGCCAAUGGAGGGGUUCCACUAGGUGGCCAGACAGUGUCACCGGUCCCAAGCCUAUUGGGGCUCUUGACAACAGGGACCUCCAUUCAGCAACAGCCAGUGGCACAAUACCAGGCCUCGGGAGCAUUUCAUGGUUUGUGUACAGUCCCACAAAGCACGCAGAACAUGCCCACAGAGCCAGUGACUGCUGCUGUGCCAGGAACUGCUCCUGGGAGGGCAACCAUACUCAACCUUAAUACCUCUGCACACAGCCAACCGCCCCAAGUCCCCCAUAAUGGAAUGGCUGUGGCCACCCCAGGAAUGCCCACCAGCAGCUUCGGGCAGGCGGAUGAGAGCCGGAGGAUGUCUGAUGCUGCUGCACAGAUUUCUGCUGUUCACAAUAAAGACAUGCUGAAGCCCUUAAUCCCAGAAGGCCUGGAAUUGCACAACCCGGCUGUGAACAGUCUUUUCGGAAUAUCCAUUCCCAUUGAUGGGGAGGAUGACAGGAACCCCUCCACAGCUUUCUACCAAGCCUUCCAGUCUGGCAGUAGGCUGAAGAACUCAAAGAUGACCUGUGAUAGUGCCUCAGGAGCGAGUGUCGUCGCUAUUGAUAACAAAAUAGAGCAAGCAAUGGAUUUAGUGAAAAGCCAUCUGAUGUAUGCUGUGCGGGAGGAGGUGGAGGUGUUAAAGGAGCAGAUAAAGGAGCUCUUUGAGAGGAACUCUGAGCUGGAGCGAGAGAAUGCUGUGCUAAAAUCUCUAGCCAACAGCGAGCAACUCUCCCAACUCUCCAUCCAAUCCAGCUCCAACCCCUCCAGGGCUCCCUCACAGCUUGGGCCAAGCACAGCCCAACCUCCGCAGCCUUACCCACAGCUGGAAGUCAACAACACCAUGAACUCCCUACCACGAGAACCGCAGCCCAACGUCACCUCUGCUUGAAG